AUGAGCAAUGUAGUAGAUAUAGAUCAGAGAAAGGUUGGCAAUGUGUUUAAAGUUAAAGAAUUCUCGAAUUAUCUUUUAAUUGCAUCGCUUUAUGUAGUAGAAAAAAUUGUCAGUUUAUACAAGACAUUAGCGAGAACACCUUCUUUAAGUGGUGCAAAGAUUGUUGAAUUAACUAAUAAUGGAAUAUCAAUUUUAAGUGCAUGGUCUCAGAGAAAUUUAGAAAGGAAAACAAAUCAAAAAUUUUGCCAAACUCAUAUAUUAAAUUCAAAAUUACAAGUGCAAUCUGAAUCUUUUCCUAUUGAUAUUACAACAGAACUUCUAUCUGCUUCAACUGAGGAUGGACAGCGUAGAGCUGUAUUAAGACAAGCUACUAUUGAAAAUACUACAAAACAAUUCAUUGAAAUCUGGGAUAAACAGAGGCUUGUAAAAAAUUAUGAUUUAGCAGCUUUGGAUGUGCAUGGAGAUGUGUACACAGACUCUGAAUUUGCUUCCUUUGAAUGGUCUCCAGACAAAACAAAAGUAUUAUACAUUGCUGAAAAAAAGCUUCCAAAAUCUGAACCAUUUUAUAAACAGAAACCUCUUAAUAAAAAAGAUAAAGAUAAGAAAAAUGAAGAUGAAGAUGAAGUAUUAGUGGGCAAUGAGUACAUUUAUAAGCCUCAUUGGGGAGAACAAUUGGUAGGUAAACACCAUCCAGUUGUCACAGUCCUUGAUACGACAACUGACACAAUUUCAGCUCUCUCAGGUAUACCAGAUGAACUGUCACCUGCUCAAGUAUUGUGGGCUGAAGAUAGUCAAAGUGUGGUUGGUGUGGCAUGGAAACAUGAACCAAGACAUUUAGGUCUUAUUGCUUGUACUAAUAGGCUUUCUUGGAUAUUUUUAUUAAAGGAUGAAGAGUACAGAAAACUCUCAAGUGAUGGAUGUGCUGUUCGCUGCCCUAGGUUUAGUCCUAAUAAAAAAUAUUUAAUUUGGCUAGAAAGGGAAGCAGGUGGUGUCCAUCAUAAUGCUCAUAGACUGAUGUAUCUUGAAUUCAACUCUGAAAAUCUGAAGGCUGAUAUACUUGUAGACAUUGUAGAAUCAAGCAUACCUAUCCAAAAUGCUGAAAAGUUCUAUGGUUUGUACGGCCGUUUACCACGUCGAUGCUGGAACAAUGAUUCCCAAUAUGUAUUUUUAAGUACACCUCAACAGAAUAAUACGCGUUCUUAUAUUAUUAAUAUAAAAACGAAGAGUAUAACUGAAAUUCAAAAUGAUAAAAGUAGCCUUACUAUUUUGGAUGUAAACAAUGAUAUUAUCGCGUUUUCGGAAACGUCUCUUUUGGAACCUUCUGUUCUUACUGUAGGAAGGUUUACCUCUGAAACAAUUAACAAUGGCCAUAUUAAAAGAAAUAAAGUUUCAACUGCUGCAACAAUUCCUGGUACUGAAAAUUUAAUGUACGAGCCUUCCGAUUAUGAUUAUGAUAAUGACGAUGAAAUUAAACAUUUUAACUUCAUCUAUUUUGGACCAAAAAAUGGAGAUGAGAAAUCUGUACCUUUAGUGAUUGUACCACAUGGUGGACCCCAUGUUAACUAUGCAAAUUUGUUUAUACUCGAUUAUUUCUUAUUUGUUUUGUCAGGCUUUGCAGUGGUACAAGUUAAUUAUCGUGGUUCUACUGGAAUGGGUUCAAAAACUGUUGAAUAUCUUCAAGGAAAGGUUGGAGAUGUUGAUGUGAAAGAUUGUGUAACUGCUACGAAAGAAGCUUUACGGAAGUAUCGAUGGUUAAAUCCAGAAAAAAUAGGAAUUACAGGCGGUUCACAUGGAGGAUUUUUAGUAACUCAUUUAAGUGCUCAAUAUCCAGAUUUAUAUAAAGUUGUUGUUGCAAGAAACCCCGUAAUCGACAUUGCUGCUAUGUUCACUAUAUCAGAUAUUCCAGACUGUCGCAAUGCUCUGAGUAAGGAAGAGAGAAUUAAGUGUGCUGCGGAAAUCAAUUACCUUUAUGAUGAGGGCACACCAAUUUCGGAAUCAAAUCAAGUUGAGGUACUCGUAAAAAUGUUUAAGUGUUCUCCAAUUAUCCACGUUGCUAAAGUAAAAGCUCCAACUUUACUAUGCAUUGGAUCGAACGAUUUACGUGUACCUCCGUCUCAAGGGAAGUUGUGGUAUCAACGUCUUAAGGCAAAUAACGUUAAAACGAAGAUGUUACUUUAUGAAGAUAAUCAUCCUUUGGCAACUGGACCAGUUGAAAUCGAUAACGUUAUCAAUGCUUGUUUAUGGUUACAUGAACAUAUUCCAACAGAAAAAAAUGAAUAGAUUUACAG